AAACCUUGACACAUUAUUGAUAGAUUACCAUGUCACUUUGACAUGCCGAAAGUUUUACAAAAAUGUCUUUUUUGGCUAUAAAAGCAUCUAAUUUUGUAGUCUCACGGAAUAUACAAAUCAGGACAAUAUACGGUAGAUGCCGAACUGGCAACCGUGACCUUGUCGGCUUCGGAAUCAACGGCUGCGCGAACUACAAAGACUGCCCCCAUUUCCCGUACCCAGCCGUGCGAUUCAAAGAAAACACCAAGGAUAUUUGUGCACUACGGGAAAAAGAAAAGGGUGAUUGGAAACAAUUAUGCUGUGAAGAGAAAAAAGCUCUGUAUCGGGCAUCGUUCUGCCAGACAUUUGCGGAAUUCCAAUACCCCACCGGUUACUGGAAGUUUGUCUUUGGAGCUGUCUUAAUCUGUACCAGCUUCGGUUUUUGGGCCAUGACAUUCUAUCAUUAUUAUGUGACUGAACCACUACCAGCGUCGCUGUCAAAAGAAUCGCAGAAGGCCCAGUUAAGAAGAAUGCUGGAAUUACGAGUGAACCCCAUCGACGGUAUAUCCUCCAAAUGGGACUACGACAAUGAUAGAUGGAAGUAACAUACAAGUAAAGUUAUAGAUUUGGCUUGAAAAGCAUCUUCCCUUAUCCGUUACAUGAUUUUGAUCAAGUUUAUAUAUUACAUGACUCGUAAAUUGAUGACCUUCAGCUAUUAAUAUCCUGAUAUAAUUAAGAUUUAUUUGGAAAUUGUAAUAAUGAAGGGCGUUUACAUGUCAACCAACAUGAACUUAGUCAAAAUCAUUUUAUUGAUGAGAGAAGAUGCUUCCUCGGCUGCAUCUUAGACCAUAGGAUUCUUCGUGAUUUGGUAUUAUGUAGUCAUGUAUUUUCUCCUUAUAUUUCAAUAAAAUUACGUUCUUUUUUGGA